AUGGAUCCUAUCUCCCCAGCAAGUGAUACGACCAAAAGCCACACCAAUUCCGAAGAUUCUGUCUCUCAAGAAGGCCAUGGAACUCCUCCCCCAACCGACACUGUACUAGCCAAGAACUUCCAAAGUGUUCCCCCCCUGUCUGCUCCAUCAGUUCGCCCCCCUUCCUUCCAAGAGUUUGCUCUCAAGGCCAAUGAACCAAGCUCGUCUGCCCCACUGAUCCCUUCUGAGCCCAUACUCGACACUGAAAUCCAACAAAUCACUGCCGAAGAAUUUAAUCGAAACAUGAUGGCGGCCGAGCAAGCUACACGUGGCCUCCGCAACCUCAAACUUCCCAGGAGCCUGAAGGAGCAAGUUGAAUCACUUGAGAAGUCUCUUGUUCGUACCAAGAGAACUUGGGAGGAAACUGGCGAAAUUCCUGAUGAUGAAGCAAUCAAGAUCCACCAAGGCGCGACAGCAGCCCCCUCUUCAUCAACACCGAAUUUCAAAAAGAACCCUCCACGCAAAAGAGGUAAACGCAAUCCGGCCACCAAACCAGCUGACUUACUCAAUCAGCACCCAAAUCCACCGCCCAAUCCUACCGCUGAAACUACACCCAAUCAAACUACAGCUCAAUCGGUGCCCAACUCCCAAACAGCCUCAAAUUUGCCCACCCCUGUCUCAAACCAAGCAAACCCUCAGUCAGACACAGCUGAGAAAAACAAUGUACCUAGCACUCCCUCGGACAACCUUGGAGCAGACUCCGCCACAAACUCAACUCAUCAUCAACCGUCAAUGCCACCACCCGAUUUACCAUCUGGGCAUGUCCAAAACCAAGCCAAAGAUCCAACCCCCAUCUCCAGCUCUCAAGUUACUACUCAACAACAGCAAACCCAGAUCCCCAACCCCCCGCCGGGCCCUACAACCUCUCUUCCAUCCGGCGACUCUCAACAGCCCUCUGCUUCCGAAAACCCACCCAACAGUCAAGCCAAUUCAAGCCAGCCACAGCCAACUCCCACCGAGUCUCCUCAGCUUCCCAACCAGCCCCAAGAUCAACCAUCUACCCCUCUUACUAACACUAAUAUUACCAUAAUCAAGUCAACUGAUGUUCGGAUCAAGUUGAUUAAGCUCCAUCAAGAGAUCGAAGGGGUCAAACCCAACUGGCAGAAGUAUCAAACUACGUGGACUUCCCUCUCAACACUCGUCCAGUUCCGUGCCUUAUCGAUGGGCAAUUUGGACCCCCACAGCCCCCAAUUUCACUUCCAGAGGACAGCCUGCUCUUACAACUCGUGGAUCAAGACAAUAAGCUCUUUGGGGAAGCAAUUCUUAGGUCCAUCAACCAACGAACAAUGGUACUGUCCUGAUGUCAUAGACCUUCCGCUGCUUGCAAGUUUUGCCAACACAGAUGGUACUCUCCAACCGCAUCAAUUCAUCCCACCAUCGACUAAAUCACCACAUCCUGAGUCCACUCUAGUUCGGUUCCUCUUCCGGCUUCAGAACCCUCCAGCCUCCAUCAUAUCUGAAUGGGCCAAGAUCAUUGCUGCCUCUGUUAAGCUCAUGGCCGACAACUUGUACAAAGAUCCACCACCAGAAACAUGUGAAGAUGAUGACGAAAUAUUACAAGGCGUGCAAGUGCUCCAACACCUCAACAAGCUCAAGGCUGCCUCCUCCUCCUUUGAAGCAAGCACUGAAAACCCUGCCGAGAAGGGCCGAUGCGGAAGAAGUGGCGGGGAGAAAAAAGACCUGAACGGCAACAAGACUACUUUAUCUCUUGAGCAGAAUCUGAAAUUCGGAAAAAUAUCCAACCACCCCCCUUCACUCCAGCUCCCAAAAAAGGUGAGCCCCGAGGCAGCCGACCGAUUAGUGCCCAAACAAAAGGAUUGCGACUCCUCAGCGUGGAACUCGGCGGUGGUAGAAGUAAUGGGAAGGAAGGCGGUGGAAUGGCUCCGGCUUUCGAUGAAAAUAACCGAGGAAGAUGCAGCGCAGGCACCAGCCAUCAUUCAGCGGUGGGUCCAUGGAAAAUGUCGAGAGAUUCAACAAGCGCAGGGGGUGGAAGUCAAGGAAUACGAAGCUGGGAUUCGGAAGAAGGCUAAGUUAGCAAAAGCCCAAUAUACCCGCUGGCGCAAAAAAAUUUGUGAAAACAGGUGUGCGAUGGCGGCAAAACUCUACCCUAAUAAUCAUCGACUAGCCGUUGUUCUUGCGGAUAAGGAUUCACAUUUGGAUAUCGAAGGGGCAGAAAAGGAGGGGGAUCGGCCGGUUAGAUGUGUGCCUGUUUGGCGAAGCGACUCACUUACCACUGUGAUGCAUGGGCUGGACAGAUGGUGA